AUGACUUCCUUCACUUUCUCUUGCUUACAAACCAAAUCUCACGUUGAGCUCUCCACCAAAACCUUGGCGUUUGAUGUGGAGGGAGGCCUCUUAAAACAUUCGUCUACCUUCCCCUACUUCAUGCUCGUGGCGUUAGAAGGAGGAGGGUUUUUUAGAGGGCUACUCCUUUUACUCGUAUAUCCGUUGCUUCGCUGUUUAAGCGAAGAGAUGGGGAUUAGGAUCAUGGUUAUGGUGUCCUUCUGUGGACUGAAGAAGGAAAGUUUCGUAGUAGGGAGGGUUGUCUUGCCUAAGUUUUUACUGGAAGGUGUAGGGUUCGAAGGGUUUGAGGUGAUGAGGAGGAGUAAGAGGAGGGUUUGCGUGAGUAGGAUGCCGAGGGCGAUGGUCGAGUGCUUCUUGAAGGAAUACUUGGAGGUGGAGGUGGUGGUCGGGAGAGAGCUGAGGGUGUUUCGUGGCUUUUACACUGGCUUCAUGGAGGAAGAAGGGGAGUACUUUGUGGAGGAACAAGAGAGCGUCGGUUAUAUUGGGGUGUUGAGCUCCGCAAAUAAAUCUAUUGAAGCACCUGCAGUCUUCUCUCAUUGCAAGGAACUCUACACGGUAACUGAAGAAGAAAAAAGAAAAUGGCGCCUUUUACCAAGACAAAAAUACCCCAAACCCCUCAUCUUUCAUGACGGCAGGAUUGCAUUCAGACCAACCCCCCUCAGCACUAUCUCGAUGUUCAUUUGGCUCCCGUUUGGGCUCAUCCUAUCCAUCUUUAGGCUCGCUACGUGCCUAACUCUCCCCUUCAACAUCUCCACACCUAUCCUAGCCUUAACCUCGACGAAAUGGAGGCUCAAAGGAUCAAUACCACAUUCCCUCACCUCCGAGGCCCACUUGCUCGCUUGCAACCAUAAAACACUAAUCGAUCCCGUGUACAUCGCCAUCGCCCUCAACAGACCCGUGACCACCGUCACGUACAGCCUGAGCAGGGUGUCGGAACUCAUAUCCCCGAUCAGGACGGUCAAGCUGACCAGGGACCGGGAAGCAGACGCGAAGUCGAUCGAAAGGAUGCUGGUGCGGGGGCAAAACCUUGUGGUGUGCCCGGAGGGGACGACCUGCAGGGAGCCGUACCUUCUCCGGUUCAGCCCGCUUUUCACCGAGCAAGCUGAUGAGGUAGUCCCGGUCGCAGUGGACGUCAGGGUCAGCAUGUUCUAUGCUACUACGGCUAGAGGGUUCAAAGGGUUCGACGCGUUCUAUUACUUGAUGAACCCUAGUACGUGCUACGAGGUGGAGUUUUUGGACGCGGUCGACACGAGCUGCGUCAGGGUUGGGGAGGGGAGUAGCAUUGAGAUGGCCAACUUGGUUCAAGGGGUGAUAGGGGGGGCUUUGGGAUUUGAGUGCACUAGGCUCACCAGGAGAGAUAAGUACAUGAUGCUCGCGGGGAGUAAUGGGAUGGUUGGAUCAAAAUUGAGGAGAGAAGGAGAAGGUAAAGAAAAGUUAUGAAAGAGAAGAGAAUGGUCUGCAUGUGUUGAACUAGAUUGUGCAUGGCAAGUCAUGUAUUGUUCCUAGUCUGUAUUGUUCAUGUUCAAUCUGCUGCAGGUUGAAGCCAGUUACCACAUUUCGUAUGAAAGAGAAAUUAAUUAAGUUUGUUCGAAUGAGAUUGCAUGCAGAGUAAAUAUUUAUAGUAUGCUUUCUAAUUAAGAAAGCAGGGGAAGUAA